UGCUUUGAUUUUAUUCAGAUUUUAUGUUUUCUAAUUUUUGUAUUUAGAUUCAGCUACUCUAUGAGCUUUUAAAGUAAAUAAUUAAGCGACGACAUAUUUUUCCGUUUCUAAUUAAUCAUGAAUUGCAAGAAGUGUGAAUCUCCCGGAACUGUAGUUUUACGGCAAAAGGAUCGCUACUGUGAAAAUUGUUUUACAAAUGGCAUUAAUCACAAAUUUCGAGCCAUUAUUGGAAAAAAUAGAGCCAUACCACCAAAUGAACAAGUUUUGGUUUGUUUAUCGGGUGGGCCUAGCUCGAGUGUACUGUUGGAUAUGGUUUUUAAUGGAAUUUCUAUGAGUAAUCAUAAGAAAUUAAGGAUUACACCUUGUUUUGUGCAUUUGAUAGAUAGUAUUCAUGAUAAAAAUGCUGACAAAACUGCAAAUAUUAUUAUAAACCAAUGCAAACAAUAUGACUUCCAAAUCUACGUCAUUCAUUUGUCAGAAUAUGUUCAGGCUCACACAAACUUACCAGAAGCUAACUGUGUGCUUGCUACUGCUAAUAAGAAUGAGGUGGAAUUCCAAGCAAUGCUGAGUAGUAUGCCUGUUACAGUCAGAAAUGAUUAUUUCAUGAAAAUAAGAUCUAACUUACUUGUAAGAGUAGCAGAACAAUUGCAGUGCAAUUAUAUUUUCACGGCUGAAACUACAGCCACAUUAGCUAUCAACUUGCUGUCAAACCUUACCAUGGGUCGGGGAGCACAAGUUCAGGAUGAUGUUAGUUUUUACGACGGCAGGAAUGAAAGCCUCAAAAUAUUAAGACCAAUGAAAGACAUUAGUAAGGAGGAACUGGACUAUUAUAUCAAAAUUAAAAACUUACAUCCAGCUGACCAAAGCAUUUUCCAACAAAACAGCCUGCAGUCCGUAAUUGGGUCAUUUGUUACUGAAUUGCAAGACAGCUUUCCAGCCACAAUUUCAACUAUUUGCAAAACUGCUGACAAAAUUGGAACUUAUAACAAUAACCAACCAAAUGAAAAGUGUGUUCUGUGCAAGAGCAUCCUGAGGACAAAAAGCACAAAGUUAACCGCUCUGGACGCAACUAACUUUUCACGAGUAGUGUCCCUCCAGAGCCCUAGUAAUGCAGACUUCAAGGAAAUCGAGCAUCAAGCAAACUACAGUAAUGAGAAAUCCAUGUUUCCUUAUGUCAAUGAUCGUCUAUGUUAUGGUUGUAGCAGAAAUUAUUUAGAAAUUGACAAUUCAACGUUACCACGGUAUAUUCAUGAUGCUAUUCAGAGUUAAUUACCUAGUGCUUGUUAAAUUAAACUCGCACGAUAACGACAUUCAAUCAUGGCGAGGCAUUGAGAGGAAAUAGAAAAUUUGUCAAUCUAUAUCAGUACCUAUACCAAUUAAUUAAUCUACUUGUACGAGUGGAAUUAAGUCCCAAAAUAGAUAGUAUUUAAUUUGUACCUAUUUAUAAGGAAAUGCUUGUUGAGAAUAUAUUCUGUAUGUAUUCUAUUUCAUUUAUAUAAUUUAUUGUUAAUUUUAGUGUCUGACUGAAAUUUCCGUUUCGGCAUAACAAUCGUGUUUCAGAAGAAGGUUCGGUUUCAGCCAAAAACUGCCGAACAUUUCGGCCGUACCGAAACUUUGGAUCGCGUUCGCCUAGUUUUUUCUAUAAUGAUAACUUGAUAAGUGAACUCUAAUUGAUCGUUCUUAAUGGGGUUGGCAGCUGUCAAAGGUAUUUAUAGAUGGCGCCAGCAUUUUGUUUUACCUGUCUCUAGUUUUGUUCUAUGAGAUUUGGAUUAAAGUGCUAUCGCAUAUAAAGUUCCAUAAAAAAUAACUAGAAAUUUACAGCAUUGGUAGGAUUGACAGGUAAAACGGUAAAACCUAUACUGGCGCCAUCUGUACAAAAUACUUCGACCGACCAACCCCAUUAAAAUAGACGUGGUCCGACACGCACUUGGCCGUUAUAUCAUAUCAUUAAUAUUAUCAUAUCAUUUGUGCCAUUUUCAACCAAAAGGGUACUUAUUGUCGCUUGUCAGAAAGGCGCUAUUUCCAUAUAGCUUGAAUUAGAAAUUAACCUUAUCGACAAGCGACAAUGUGGUACCUUUUGGUUGAAAACGUCACAUUUAUUUAAUGCAACUAUGGUAUUUUACAAAGAUGUUAAAGUCUAAUCAAGUACAAACAUGGACCCUACUAGGGUGUAGCAGUUUACAUUAUAAUUAUUCUUACCCAGUAGCAGAGAAUAAGUAAUAGUAUUAUCAAGUAGGUAGUGGUGAAUAAUUGAAUAAUGGCUUAUAACUACAAAAGGAAUACAAUCUUAACAUUUUUAUUAGGGUUCCGUAGCCAAAUGGCAAAAAACGAAACCCUUAUCGUCAUGUCUGACUGUCUGUUUGUCUGUCCGUCCGUAUGUCACAGCCACUUUUCUCUGAAACUAUAAGAACUAUACUGUUGAAACUUGGUAAGUAGAUGUACUCUGUGAACCACAUUAAGAUUUUCACACAAAAAUAGAAAAAAAACAAUAAAUUUUGGGGGUUCCCCAUACUUGGAACUGAAACUCAAAAAAUUUUUUUCAUUAAACCCAUACGUGUGGGGUAUCUAUGGAUAGGUCUUCAAAAAUGAUAUUGAGGUUUCUAAUAUAAAAUGUGUGUGUGUCCCUCCCCCUGUAACUUCUAAAAUAAGAGAAUGAUAAAACUGAAAAAAUAUAUGAUGUACAUCCAUGCAAACUUCCACCGAAAAUUGGUUUAAACGAGAUCUAGUAAGUAGUUUUUUUUUUAUACGUCAUAAAUCAACUGAAACUCAAUUUUUUUUCAUCAAACCCAUACGUGUGAGGUAUCUAUGGAUAGGUCUUCAAAAAUGAUAUUGAGGUUUCUAAUAUCAUUUUUUACCCGACUGCCAAAGGAGGAGGGUAAUGUUUUUCGAGUGUAUGUAUGUAUGUCUGUUUCUUUGUGGCCUCCUGUAGCUUAAACGGCUUGAUGGAUUUUGAUGUAUGAGGUAUCGUUAGAUUCGUCUUGAUCACGGGAGUGUCAUAGGAUACAUUUUAUCCCAAAA